AUGCCGUAUGUAACCGUUUGCUCAGUUCAAAUGCAUCCCCGGGGAGCCAUUGUACAUGGAGACAAAUUGAUGUAUCGAGUGACUGUCGAGGAUCCAGCUAAAGAACUUUUUCAAUCACACUGGGAAAGUGAUAAAGUCUCUCCAAUCGAAUUUCUGAAUCGAGCCGAAAAGAAAGGUUUUCGAGUCGUUUCGAUGAGCACAACGUCACAGGGAAUGGUCACAAAAUGGACACUUUGGAGAACGAUU